AUGGCUUCCGCUCACAUUUUAAGUGUUUUACGAGCCACUGGGAUAAUGAUUCUCAUCCUGGCCGGAAUCACAGUUCUCUUUUUAAUGUACUAUCAGUCAUUAUCAUCUCCAAAAUGUCAUCCUCCCCCAGCUCAUUCACAACAGACACAACAGACAAACAAGCCUGUAUUGCUGCUGUGGUUCUGGCCCAAAAACAAAAGGUUUGAUUUUCAAGACUGUAAGACGCUAUUCAAAAUUGACAGCUGCCACCUCACAGAUGAUAGAUCGUUGUACUCCAGAGCUCAUGGAGUUCUGGUAUUUCACAGAGCUAUCAAAGACGACCUCUCCAACCUUCCCACCUUACCUAGAGCCAGAUUUCAGAGGUGGAUCUGGUUCAACAUGGACUCGCCUACCAACACACGCAUGAUAGCAGGCAUUCAAGGUCUUUUUAAUUUAACCUUGAGCUACAGGAAGGACGCCGAUAUCCACGUUCGUUGGAAACUAGCUCUCAAGAAGAACACAGAUGAAGAUUUUGUGCUACCCAAAAAGGAACGACUGCUGUGUUGGUCUGUGGAUAGCAAUGACGUGCACACAAAAUCAAAGGAGAGAUACAACUACUACAGAGAGCUUGUAAAACACAUCAAGGUGGAUGUCUUUUACAGCUCCUCUGACGACUCCUUAAAAGGUGAAAACUAUUUCCUGAAUAUUAGCAGCUGCAAGUUCUACCUUUCCUUUGAGAAUUCAAUUCACAGAGAUUACAUUACAGAAACGUUCAAUGGGCCUCUUGCAGCUGGCACUGUGCCGGUAGUUUUUGGCCCACCGAGAAGGAACUAUGAGGACUUUGCCCCAGGUACUUCCUUCAUUCAUGUAAAUGACUUUCCUGAUGCCGCAACAUUGGCUGAGUCGCUCCUGAGGCUGGAUAAAGAUAAUGAGGCUUAUAUGAGAUACUUUAAUUGGCGGAAAUUUUACACUGCCAGACGGCAUCUUACUGAGGAGAAGCAUGAGUUUGCACAAGCUAUCUGCCAGGCCUGUCAUCAUGUGGGCAUUAACAAGGUGUAUAGAGCCGUACCACAUCUGUACAAGUGGUUCUUACUAUGA